GGGGCGGAGCUUGCAUUUAGAAGCCUAGCACCAUGCAGCCCGGGGACAGACUUCUAGACGUAUACCUCCACUGUCCAGCUGGCUGCUGAGAACCAGGACUGUGACAAUGUGCCAUGGUAAAGUUAUUUGGAGUUAAAUUGAAAAUAGGAGGAACUGAAGUAGAUUUCUAACUCAGAAGAAUGAAUUAGAAGAAUCUGGAAGAAGCAGAGUCUGUCCUGUGGUUUCUCCAGAUGGAAAUGGACUGCCAGGGAGGGGGCAGGUGCUAUGAGGUCAGGCAGGGUAAUAGCAAUGUGUACUACUUAGUGCAUGGAGCCUGGAUUUGUGAAGAUCCUGCCUGGCCCAAAAUCUUGCUGUCACUCCAGCACCUCUUCUGAUGUGCAAUGGACAACUUCCAGUAUAGUGUCCAGCUCAGUGACCGAGAGUGGGCUGAGUUCGCAGCCACUGCUGAUGAGUGUGGCCUCUUGCAGGCUGGCCUGGCCUCUGGUGACGAGCUCUUGUCCAGCGAUAUUGGAAGUGACAUAGGAAGUGACAGUGGAAGCAGCCCCCCUCGGCCCCCACCCCUCUUCACUGGGCAGCUGGCUCCCCAGGGGAGGAGACAACAGGGCUGUGAGUUGGAGGACGUGACUGCUCAGCAGCUGGUCAGCAGGUCUCAGUGUGAGCCUGUCCUGGCUCUGGAUGCCAGUCAUCAGGUAGCCAGCACGUCCACACAGUCAGAAGCUCUACUGUUCCUCGGCUCAGACAGUGUCUGUCCUGGCCAGACCUUGUCCUUCCCGGGGUCAACAACUUUCAGGGACAAGAUGCAGAGGCUUUUGCAGGGUCCUGCUCCCAGCUCUUCUGGUGAGGCCUCUCAUAGCCCUGACCCUGGCCACAGUGCCAUGCCUCAGAGUGCCCCUGACAACCUUGAAACUCCACUGCGGAACCCUGGUCGUAAGAAGAGGCGUGGUAUGGGUUCCAAGGGGGGCAAGUGCUCUGGAUCUCUAGGAUCUGCUGCUGUUCAGAUGAGCUCCCCACAGCUUAUGGAGACCAGGCCCAAGGAGGUUCUUGUGUCUGGGACAUUAAUCUCGAAAGACCAGCAGGAUAAACCACAGUCAGACUCCGCAGGUGCUUCUGAACAUGGCUCUAGUAUCCCUGGACAGAUGGAUAGACAAGAGCCUGCACAGUCAGACUCUGCAGGUGCUUCUGAACAUGGCUCUAGUAUCCCUGGACAGAUGGACAGACAAGAGCCAGGCUUGGAUCUGUCUACACCUGUUAUAAUAACUGAAGAAGAUACAGAGCAGAUCCGAAAGACACCCAGAGCUGUGCCACACAUGAUAUCCAAACCUGUCCAGGAAGCUCAUCCAGAUGUCUCCAUGGCCACACCAAAUGUGUCUCUUUCUACACAUGCGUCCAUGCCUCAACCCUACAUGGCUUUGUCUAAACCUGCCUCCAAGCCUCAAUCUGACACAGAUUUGUCUCCACAUGUCUCCACAUCUGAUAUGACUUUGUCCACACUUGCCUUCAAAUGUCAACCUAAUACAAAUCAGUCUACACCUGCCUCUGACCAUGACAUGGAUUUGUUUACACCUGCCUCCAUGUCUCAACUGGAUAAAGCUAAGUUUGCACCUGAUCACAUACCUGGACUGCAUGAGGACCUAUCUGCAGCAGGCUCAGAGAUCAAGCCAGAAGUUUAUCCCUCUAUGCCUGCCUCAGUGGUUAUGCUUUGUACAGAUCUGCCUCACUCUGUUUCAAAGACUGAGUCUGAAGAGAGUGUAUCUAUACCUGCUAUGCCUUCCUUAUCCCCUGUUUCCCAGGCUGAAACUGCCAUGGUGGAUACAGACAUGACUGUGCCUCUUGGAGGAUACUUUGAGAAGCCAGUAGGACAGCUCUCAGCAGGGUCCUCAGGAUACUCCUCAGGAGAGCCUUGCCCAGGUCCUGUCCAAGCCCCCAAGAAGAAGAAAGUACGAUUCUCCAUGGCUGUACCCAGCCAUGAAGAAUCAGGAUCAGGAGAACCUACAAGCCCACCCUUCCUAACCCCAGACUGGCCCCCAGGUCCCAGGACAGCAUCAGGGAGCCGUGGGGGAUCUGCAGCCUGGGAUGCUGUGGCUGUUGGGCCCCGACUCCCCCAGCCUCGGAUCCUCAAGCACCUGCCUCCUCCUGUAUCCUCUGUCUCAGCAGAACCUGAGCCUGGAAGCUGCUAUGCAGUGACUCUCCCUGAAGCCUAUGAGUUCUUCUUCUGUGACACCAUUGAGGAAGAAGAUGAAGAUGUAGAGGAUGAGGCAGCAGCCAGCCAAGCCCUGGAUGAAGUCCAGUGGCCUGACACAUGCGAGUUCUUUUUUCGGGACAGCAGAGUCCAAAGGUCAAGUAGUCAGAGGGGACACUCCCCAGUCCCAUCCCCAAGAGCAGAGGCUGUGGCACCUGUUCCCCCUGGAGACUUAGUGCCUAUCUCCAUCCCUGAGGUCUAUGAACACUUUUUUACUGAGGAAGGAUUUGGGAACAGACAGCCACCAACCACCCAUAUCCAACCGCAGACCUCAGAACUCUUAGGGUCUGAGGCAUACUCCAAGCCUGUUCCAGUUACAGCAGAUCAUCUUAGCUUGGCAAUCAGAGAGGCAGGAGAGCUACGAAGUCCUUUUACUUCAUUUACAUUCAGUCAAAAUGACAUGUGCCUGGUGUUUGUUGCCUUUGCCACUUGGGCUGUGAGAACCUCUGACCUACAUGCCCCAGAUGCUUGGAAAACAGUCUUGCUGGCCAACAUUGGCACCAUCUCUGCUAUCCGCUACUUCCGCCGUCAGGUUGGGAGAGGGCAUAAUGGCAGACCAAGACCCAGUUGCAACUCAAGUCCAAGUUGCUAGGAGCCAGGCUGGCCUGGUGAAGCAUGGGACAUGGGAAUUAACCCAGGUGACAAGGACAAGAUGUUGCUCUUCUCUCCAUCCUUUAAUCCCUGUCUUCUGAGGCAUCUAGGAAGGAGCCAGUAUCCUUGGUGCUGACUUACUUGGGCUCAACCUAAGGGUCCAGCCAGUGGCUAAGGCCAAGUUCAUUUUCCAUACCUCAGAGGGUUGAGAUUCAGGAUCUGGGUAAUAGGGCUUCAGAUUUGCAAGUAAAAACCACAGGGCACAUAGCUGUAUUUGAAUUUACAUGAAGUUCUUGAGAUGUACUCGUAUAAGAAAGUUUUUGUUGUUAUCUGAAAUCUAACUUAAUUGGGCACCUUGCAUUUUGUCUAGUCAUAAAUAAAGGACAAGCAGCAGAAGAGGACUCUACAAUAAGUCUAGGCCAAGAGGCUACUAAGUGCCUUCAUAGCUAGAGGGAGGCAGUGCAAGAAUUUUGCCCUAUUGAAAGGCAGACUUUGGCUGACAAAGGUCUCCAAGGCCCUGAUCCCUGAGGCACCACAGCCACAAGUUUCCUAGGCCUGGCCUGAGUCUAUGAAUAUGUUCUAGAAUAGUGGUUCUCAACCUUCCUAAUGUUGAAACCCUUUAAUACAGUUCCUAAUGUCAUAGUGACCCCCAACCAUCAAAUUAUUUUUAUUGUGACUUCAUAACUGUAAUUUUGCUACUGUUAUGAAUCAUAAUAUCAAUAUUUUUGGAGCUAGAGGUUUGCCAAGGGGGUUGCAACCCACAGCUUGAGAACCACUGUUCUAGGGGUGGCUUCUGAGGCCCCUGCAAUAUGGGAUCUGUGGGGCAGGGUUGGAUCUUUUCCAAGAGCCCUGGACAGGAUAUGCAUAGAAUUUGAUAGCAUCCUGUGGAAGGAUUGUUUCCUGAUACUAUGGGGAGCAUGAAUGAAGCCAAGGCUAAGAGAAGUUGUAGAGUGGGAAGGUAGGUGAGGGGACUGAGGUGGCAUAGUGAAGACAGUACACGAAGGUCCUUAGGAUGGUGGGGUACUCUGGCUGUUCAGAGGGGAACACUGGGACACAGCACCAAUAAAAUAUCUUUCUUGUUUA